AUGCCGAGCGCACUCUGGGUGCUCUUGCCCGAUGCGGUGCCCGUUCUCGUUGCGACGCCAACUUGCAUCGAUGCGUCCGACCUCGCGAGCGUUAUCAAGCGCGACUUUUACGCUACGAUGCCGACGCUACACCUCUCGGUGCACACCUUUGACGGUCAGCUGCUGCACGCACACGAGCUCCUGCCGCACUUUAACGGCCCAGAGAGCCCUCUCCACAUCGCUUUGCUCGAGCCAGAACUGAGUGCGGUCCAAGAAGAGCCAUCCCACCUUCGCUUCUACAAGGACGUCGAUCUCGCCCGGCUCGCCGACAUUGCCGAGCCGUCCAAGCAGCACCUCGUGCUCUUGCAACCGAUCCCGGGCUCGCAGCAGACCCGUCUCUUCGUCCGCUCGAUCUUUCGGUCGCUCGUGACCGAGAUCCUCGCGGUGCCGACCGUGCUGGUCACGGGGCCGGGCAAGUCGAGCUUUCUCAUCUACCUUCUCUGGACGCUCGUGUGGACACGUCAUCGCGUCCUCGUCUUCUUCAACGAUGACGUCGUGCUUUUCAAUCCGCUGCACGGCGUGGACGCGAUCGAGGUGUUGCCGCCAAUGACGGACGACGUGUUUUGGGCCAUGGACCUCUAUGUGCUUCACGAUGCGGCCUCUGUCGAUCUGGACGCGAUUCCGUUUGGCAAGGUGCAUAGCGUCCGUGCUGCUCAGUCGGUGAUAUCGCGCUGUGCCCUCGCUACGACGCUCGUCGCGCUGCCAGACUGGGAUGCCAAAGAGGUGGCGAUGGCAACGACCACGUGCGGCGUGCGCACGGCCGCGCCGCUCCAACGCUUCGUCUGUGAUCCAGCACGUAGUAGCUAG